AUGGGAGACUCCUUCUAUCGCUGGAGCAGUUCCCUGGCCCGGAGGGAAUCCGACAGCAGCUUCCUGCCGCAAGUCACCAACAGCUUCGCUCGCCCCAGCGGCAGAAGCAUCUACAACCAGCGCAGGGACUAUGGCCAGAGCCUGCUCAAGCCUCAGAGCGAGUUCCAGCACCACGUUGAGCACCUGCUGACGGUGCCCCUGGGGAGGGGCAUCCACAGCACCGAGGACUGCCUGGAGCGCCUGAAGCUGCUGGAGGCUCAGGGGCGGGUCUGGGGGCAGGACCUCGUCCUGCAAGUCAAGGACCAGGAGCUGGUGCUGAGUGAUGUGGAGAGCAAGGAGGAGCUGGACUCGUACCCGCUGGGCAGCAUCCAGGGCUGCGGAGCGGUGCAGGACUCCUGCAGCUACGACUCGGUGCUGGCCAUCAGCGUCCAGGAGCGGAAAUCCCCCGGGACCAGCGUCCUGCUCUUCCAGUGCGACCGUGUGGGGGCAGAGACGCUGAAGAGCAGCCUGGAGAAGCUGCUGAAGCAGUGGAAGGAGGAGCAGAGAGGGCACUACGGGCACAGGAGCAGCCUGGACAGGCCGCCGAGCCCUGCCCCCACCUACGCGGCCCCGGAGCGGUGGGGACAGGUCCCCCAAGAGUGGGAGCCCCCCAGGAGCCUCCAGGAGCCCCCCCAGCGUGGGCCACCCUCCUCAGUCUACAGUGAGCCCCCGGAGGGGCUGCUCCCCCGGAGCAGGGGGCGGGAGCGGGGCGGGGGGGAGCCGAGCUGGGUCCCUGCCCUGCCGCCAGGCUUGCCGGAUGCCCACCCGACGCCAGCGGCCGCCCCUCCGGGCAAGGCGAUGAGCGAAACAGACAGAGAUGUUGAGGUCCUCAACCACGUCCUGAGCGAUUUGGAGCUGUUCGUGUCCAGGCUGAGGAGAGCUGAGGGCUUGGCCAGCAGCACCAAGAAGAAGAAGAAGAAGAAGAAAGGUGUGCUGCCCCCCGCGGAUGACUACAGAGACUUCUUCCAGAAGGUGAAAUAUUCCUGCAACCUCCUGGCGAGGACCCGCCGCAGCGUGCAGCCCAACCCCCCCGAGCUGCUGCGCCUCAUCUUCGCUGUCCUCUCCUACGUCCUGGACCAUUGUCCCGACCCCAACCUGGCCCCCGCGGUGGAGUCUCCGCUGCUGCUGCCCGAGGCCGUGGAGCUGCUGGAGGAGACUCUGCAGCCGGAGGACUACGGCACCUGGAAGAGCCUGGGCCUGGCCUGGAGCAAGCCCAGGGCAGAGUACCCCAGGGGCGAGACGGUGCCCGGCUACGUCCCUGUCUUCUCCGACGGGUGGCUGCCCCCGCCGCUGGACGAGGUGCUGCUCGCCAGCCCGAGGGACGUUCCUGACCAGGCGCCCCCCUCGCCCCCUGGCCAGAGGCAGGUCCGAGCCCUCUACGACUUCCAGGGCAGGAACCCUCAGGAGCUGAGCAUCAGGAUGGGAGACAUCCUGCAGGUGCUGGACCAGCAGAGGAAGUGGUGGCUGGUGCAGGACAGCAGGGCACAGAGAGGCUACGUCCCCAGCAACGUCCUGGAGCCCCUGGAGCAGGAGCAGGGCCAUGGGGGGAGGCACAGCAUCGGCCAGGACAGCCCCCCCAGCCUGCUCCCCGACUCGCCCCCCGCGGAGGUGACAGCCUGGCUGCAGGACAAAGGCUUCUCGCGGAUCACGGUGAGGUGCCUGGGGGUGCUGAGCGGGCAGCAGCUGCUGCAGAUGCGGCCUGAGGAGCUCCGAGCUGUGUGCCCCGAGGAGUGGCGCAGAGUCCUCUUCAAGCUCUCCCCCAUCAAGACGUCGCUGGGGAUGGGCCCCAGGGACUGAGCCACCUCGGCCAUGAGGGAGCCACGGCCCCAGCCUGGACCUCCCAGCAUGGAGCACUCCAAAGCCUGCAGGGUGGGGAGGGCUCGGGGGGGGGGACACAGCCCCCAGACGCCUCACCCGACCUGGCCCCCCAGAAUGGAGACCAGGCCAGGGGACAUGUGUCCCCCCCUAAAGCCACCAGUGAUGGACAGCUGCUGGCACCCCCCACUGUGCCAAGAGCUUUUGGGGACCCCCCAUAAUGGGUGUGGACUCCUUCAUGGGGAAGUGGGGGCCAAGCAGCCCCCCAUCGGGGGGGCAGGCACUAUGAAAUGUGUUUGCACCCCAAAAAGUGAUCACUGUGGACAAUAAAGUGUGGCAGU